AUGAAGAAGUUUUCCUCGUUCAAGAAGAAGAAGAAGAAGGAAGAAGAAGAAGACAAAGAACGUUUGGACGACGAUUCAGAAUCACCGCGCGUGGUUGUUUCCGGGACGGAGGAGGAUUCGUCUUCUUCUUCGGACGAGGACCGUGAGUUCGAGGAGGAGUCAAAAGGAGAAGAAGAACAGUUGAAGAAAAAGAGGAAAAGAGAGAAGAAGAAGUCAAAGAAGAAGAAAGAAAAGAGAAAGAAACUCAAAUCGGAUGCGGAGAAAAUAGCCGAGAUGGAGGAGAAGUACGGUCGAGAUAUGGCGAAAGACGAGAGAGCGUUCGACGAUCGAUCGUACGUGAGGAAUUUUGGCGAGGACGACCGGAAAACAUUUGGCGUUGAAGGAGGAGCGAUGACGUUCUUCUCCGAUACGCGACCGGAUAGCGGGAAUUUGGCGUUUGGAAAGCCAGCGGCGAAUGAAAAGGUGAAGUUUAAGCGGGAAGAGGAUUGGAAUGGAGGUGAAGCGCUUGGACCAAAAGCGACGACGACGACGACGACGACGACGCUGGAAAAGUUGGAGAAGGAAAACGGCAAAGACGGAGAAGAAGGAGGGGGAGGAGAAGAGGAAAUAUUCAUCCCAUUGCUUCGCGAUGACUACGUCGACGUCAAUACUAACUACAACAUCUCGCACGGGAAUAGAAAUACCGAUGAUGAGGAUAAAAGGAGGAUGAUACAAAAGCUCACGCAGACGGUGUUUGGCGCAACGAAAGGCACGAUCGAGGACAUCUAUAAGCUCAACGAUAAAGCUUUGCUAGAGUCCGUAGACGUUCUUCUCAAAAGCACCACCAACGAAAGUGAACAGCUUCGCGAGUUGACCAAAAUACACAACGCGUUGACCCGAAGAGAACCGCGAAACGUGAAGAGAUGGAUUGCGUUUAUCAAUCACCAGGAUAACUUUUUGGCGAGGAGUAAAAAACGUUCCGAACGCGAACGCAUCAAGGAGAAAACGAUUGCCAUUUGCGAGCGGGCUUUAGAGUGGAAUCCGAACGACGCGAGAUUGCACGCGUGCCUGUUGAAGUGUUCGCAAGAGUGCGAAUCGAAAGACCAAACGAAAGAGAGGUGGGUUUUAACGCUGAGAAAGUUACCGACGUCGGUCGUUUUGUGGUACGACUACGUCGAGUUUGUGAAACACGCGACGUCGUUCGCAGAGUUCAAUUGCGAAGAUGUCGUGCAAGCGUACGAAGACGCGUUACGAACGUUGACAAAAGAAUUCCGGAAACUGAGCUCUCAGCGAAAUACAUCGAGCAGUUGCCGUCGCCAAAUUUUGAGCAGGGAUAUCGGGAACAUGUUCUUGGAACUCGUACAAUUUGAAGCGAAAUCGGGAAGGGCGAGGAAAGCGUUCCGAAGAGUUCAAGCGCAUCUUGAAUUUCGCGGGUUUGGAAUGCCGCAAAAGCACAUUGGAGAUAACUCGAGACUUCUUCGCGAGUUUGAGAAGUUUUGGAAAAGCAAGAAACCUCGUUUAUUGGAUAGCGUUAACGACGACGGGGAGAUUAAGAGUUGGUGGAUGGAUGAAAAAAAUGGGUCCACCGCGAACGACGAUUCUUGGGAGAAAACACGUGUUCAGGAAGAAGAAGAAGAAGAGGAAGAAGGAAAAUCCUCGCCACCAGAAUCUUCGAAAGUGAAAGCGCGAGAACCGAGCGUAAAAAAAGAAGUAGAAGUAGAUCUUGGAAAUAAAGAAUCUGAUGGCGACGACUCCUCCGACGAUGAUAUCGACGAGGACGCUUUAGCGGCUGAGUUUGCAGCCGAGUUUGAUUCUGCCGUGAACGCAGCCGUGGACGAAAACACGCUUCGCGAAUGGUCUCGAGCGGAAAGUGCAAAAAUGCGAAGCUAUCGAAAAGACGUUAAUAACGACGACAACGAUGAUGAGGAAGAUUUCGGAUCGAUUACUGCGGGCUUGUGUAAUAUGUUUUGCGAUAGCAAUCUUGCCGACAUAAACACGCAGUUUAUCGAGCAGUGUUUCGCUCUCUUCGGAUUGCACUCUCUCUUUGGCGCGUUGAUUGGUAAUCCAGACGCCGCAAUCGCUCGUCUCUUUCGAAACGAAAACGCUUCUGAAGACGAUCAAAGACGAGAAGAUGGCCUAUUUCCAUUCGUUCCACGAGAAGAGGUACUCCGAAGUGUGCGCGUUUUGGCCACGUCUUCGUCAUUAGCCUGUAUGGCACCUUUCGCGUACGCCGCGGUGAAACUCGAACGAGAAUUGAACGGACCAGAGGUUGCGCUCGCGUGGGUAAAAUCAUUGCUGAGCGGACCAGAGUACCGCAAUAAUUUACACCUUUACACUGAAUGUGCAUAUUUGACUCGAUGUACGAAGAUAAAACAAGGAGAUACGAAGAAGAAGAAGAAGAAAUUCGUCGACCCGGCUCAGAAAAUCGUCGAGACGACGAUUCAAAACGCUUCGCGCAUUCAGGAUGGAGAUACUCGUGAAACUGUUCGCGGCUUAUGUCGACUCGUAAAAGAAAGCGCGCUUUACCUUUUGCGAUACGAUUCACCCAAAAAUACAAACAUUGCGCGAUACAUACUCGCUUUAGCGCGUGCGCAUGUCAUGUCUUCCAAAGGCGGUAGUUUUGAUGAAAGUGUUCCCGCAAAUGCGAGCGCAGAGAACUUGCGCUCGCUCGCGCAAGAGGCUAUUAAAGUUCUCAUGGAAGAAAGUAGUUCCACGCAACUCGAGGAUAGUCUCAAGACAUAUCAUCGCGAAGUGCUGGAAUUCAAAUCCGAUAUGCGCGUGUGUGCGAUUCUUCUGCGCCUUUUUUGUGCGUCAUCUUCGGCGGAGCAAACAAGGAUUGACAUUUUUCGAGAUUUACGCAACCUUUCUAAUUUUGCCUUGGAGAAGACGUGUUCGGAUUUGUUACGCGACGUUAUCCCGUAUUUGUCGGAAUCCGGAGAACUUGCAAUAACAGUGACGGAUGGAUAUAAAGAAAUCGUAAACGCUCUGUUUCAUGACGUGCCGUCAUCGCAAUUGGCAGUGAGUUCUAUGUUCAAAGCGGAGACGUUCGAGUCAAAGUUGAAGCUGAAACUCGCGCUUGGACUCGCUCGAGAACUGUGUUUCUCCCGUGCGCGCGAAGAAUCUAGAAACGACGACGCGACGCAGGAUGGUACCAGUGAUAGUAGCAGAAGCGCGCUCGUAAUAACGACAUUGCUUCCGACGCCUCCUUUCUUGACGCAAAUUUGGCUCGCGCAAGUCAAGGCGUGCGGCGACGACGACAAGGCGAGGCGGAAAAUUUUUGAAAGAGCCAUCCGCUCGCACGAAUCCGUCGAGCGGUGCCCGCUACUGUGGCAGACGUAUUUUAAUUCUGAGGUUCACAACACAGAGUACGCGAGAAGCGUAUUUCUGCGAGGUAUUCGUUCGAUUCCAUACGACAAAAAGUUCUGGCUUGAUGGGAUCGCGUGGAACGAAGGCUUUUCUCCGAGCGAAAGGGCGAAUUGGAUUGAUAUGUUGAAAAAGAAAGGCGUGGUCGCGGAAACGGACUUAUACGAAGCGAAAUUGAUCGCGGCGACAAAACAACAUUAG